AUGGCCGGCGCCGUAAGUUCUUCGGGCGUCAUCCGCCGGAACGCGGUUUUCCUGACCACCAUCUUCGCCAGUGCCUUUGCCUUCGAGAUCGGCUUCGACUCGGCCUCGAACUCCAUCUGGGAUACUAUCAACCGCGGCCGGCAAUGGAAGGACAUCAAGCACCGAUACGUGGUUAAGGAGGAGGAGGAGGAUGACGACUAA